AUGAAUUUCUUACAAUUCAUUAGUAUUAAUAAUAUAUUGUCAUUGGACAAAUUGUUUGGUCAAUUUGUGGAUGAAUUGGAUUCUUGGUGGCUGAACCUUAUGAUUGAUGUAUCAUAUGAACCCACAAGAAUUCAUUCAUCCACAAAUACACAUACUAUAAUAAUUGAUGAUGAUGAAGUAGUUCAAAUUUCCAUCCCGGCCAGCAAUAAUUGUAAUGAUACACUAAUUCUGGCCUGCCCAAUAAGCAUGGAAACAAAACGCACGGUAUGCCUUAAAAAAAAUAUUUAA